AUGUAUUACCAGGUUUGUAAACGUAAAAUCUUGACGAUGACCGGGGAUUUCAGAAUGGCUCAGGGAUAUACUUCAUCUGGACCACUGGCCCCUUUCUAUGUUUUUCCUUGUGGGCACUCUUUCCAUGCACAGUGCCUGAUCACACACGUCACAAGCUGUGCACACGAAGAGCAAGCCGAGCGUAUACUCGAUCUGCAGAAGCAGCUGACAUUGCUUGGUAACGAAACCCGAAGGGAUAUAAAUGGUUAUCGAUCUGAUGAACCUAUAACUAGCACAACUACUGCAGACAAGCUUCGAUCAGAGCUAGAUGAUGCUAUCGCUAGCGAAUGCCCCUUCUGUGGAGAAUUAAUGAUCAAUGAGAUCACUCUGCCUUUUAUUAAACCCGAGGAAACACGACACUCUGCUUCAUGGGACCUCCGACCACAGACCAACUUAGCAAACCAGAGGACCAUUUCUUUGCCUGUUUGA